UUUAGAGCCGCCAUGCCGCCAUUGCUCCAUCUCCAUCUAUGACCAAGAUCAUUUCUUCACCAAGAAAGACGCCGAGAAAAGUUCAAGUUUUUUUCUAGCCCGGUACUCGAUUUUUCAGCAUUAGUUGUUAGGUUUUCUUGUGGAAGUUCGUAACAAUUUAUUGAUGGAUUUUGUAAUUACUGGUCUGAAUUAUAUGGAUAAUCAAUUAUCCCGCGAAUGUAGUUUGACUUCGAAAAGGUUACUCAGUAUGUUUGUAAACUAACCUUAAUACAUUUUUCCGUUUUUCAUACAAUAAAAAUAUAAAUUGAUAGAUGAUCUUGAACUUGCCCAACUAUUAAUAAUCAAUUAUUGAAGAAAUAUUGAACAACAUAGAAAUGGCUAUAAGGAAACAAUGCUUCGCAAAUGAUGAGUCUACGAUUACAAACUAGUCAUCGCAAAUGCUCAGACAUUCAUAAUGAUGUUGAAACCGGUAUUGGAAACCUAGUGAUUUUCUAGCUAUCAAACCUUCACUCUGCAAUAAUUCGGCUUGGAAUUCAUAAGAUCUCUUCAGAAAAUAUGUCUGCAGUUCUAGCGUUGCAGAUGUUUACUGUCGCGCUGCUAUGGGGCGUUACAAAUCCAUUCCUUAAAAGUGGAUCAAAAGGGAUAGAAAAGGUGGGCGCUGAUGGUUUCCUACAAAGGAUCAUAAGGGAAAUCAUUUUCUUGGUCUUCAAUUACAAGUAUAUGAUACCAUUCAUCUUGAACCAAUUGGGAUCAGCAGUAUUCGUUCUUUUAACACUUCAACAAGGAGAUAUCAACGUUGUGGUGCCUGUCACAAAUUCAUUAACGUUCGUCAUAACUACUUUGGUUGGUUAUCUAAAAGGCGAAGGGAAAUUGAAUAGAGAUUCAAUAAUUGGACUCAUUCUCAUAUCACUUGGCUCAACCUGCUUUAUACUCAACAACUCAUCGACUUAAAUAAUAACUCAUAAAUAAUGAUGGUUUGAAAUGGUCAUCUUGAUCAUCAUAAUUCAUGGACCAAGGAUUCUGAGACCUGUUUUCUGUUAUGGUGGCAGUUGCUGUUUCUCUUUCCAUGCUGCUACAAAUUGGAAACAUGCACAGGACUGUACAUGUGCAGCAGAUGGGCGCAUGCACACCAACAGCUACUAGUGCGCAGCUCUCUCUGCGCAUCCACCAAGUGCAACCUCGUCUCUUUGAUAAUGGACUGCCACAGGACAAGGUGCCAACCGCCCAUCCCGUGCCUGCCGACCAAAGAUAAGAUUCUGUGAUUAAAUACAAAAAGUUCAUUCAGUUUAACCAUACAGAAACAAUAUCGUAAGUUUGUUUACGCUAUUGUUUCUCUAUGGUUUAACCUUCCGGCAGUCGUGUUGUAAAAAGUGCAGCAGUUGAUGAUUUUUCAGUUUUAAAAGCCUAAUUUUACUUUGCGGGAUUUCAGGCUAUCAUCUAUGCCUUCUACAACAUCCCUCCCAACCACAAUUAAAGACAAUUUACAUUAAUAAAUAAUGCAUUAAUUGUUCUAAAAAGUAGAUUUAUCAUCUUAAUUACUGACUGUUGUUAAACGUACAUCACGCGACUGUUUGUGCUUUACCAACAGGAUGAUACUAAUUGGAAAUUAGAUUGUGGCAUUAUUUGCAGUGCUAAACAUUUUAAAAUGAGUAUCAAAUACAACUUGGAAUAAUUUUUUUUCAUAAAUACCAAUUCAGAUUAAAAAUCUUUUCAUCUUAUGAAAGAUGAAUAUAUCUUUCAUAGAAAAAAACUGUUUAAAAAUAUAACACGAGAUCACUCAUGUUAUUCUAAUGGACGCGAUUACCGGAAGGUUAAUGAAAGAAUACACAGUCGCAAACGACUGAAAUAUGACCUUAUUUUGUAGUUUAUAGGAUUAUCUUAGGAGUUCUGAACAUGGAGCAUUGUCUUUGCUCACUCCCAUUUUACAUACUGUUGUAACUGAAACAAGUCAAUACGUCAAAAUGGAUAGUCUUCCUGCACUGGCAACAGAAGUAAACCUUGUGUGUUGGAAGUGAGUCGCAGAAUAAUAUAGAUUGUUAAUAUAAGUUUCAGAUUGGUUAACUUUUUCAGAUGUGCUCCCUCAAGCUCAAUGUCGUACCCCCCCCCCCAAUUUAUGUAAAAUUCUGUUUCAGUCCCCCCCCCCCUGGGAUAAGGGACCUUGCAACAGAUCUCUCUCCACAAGAAUCUCAAAUACGUCAAUUCUUUCUUCCCCUGUUUGCUCCCCUGAUUUGUUAUUGAAAUGUUGAAAGAUUAUAGUAACAACUAGAAAAUAAUUUCAGAGUGAAUGAAUAAAUAUCGUACAAUUUUUCAAAAAAUUAUAAUUAAUAAUAUAUAUAAGGCAAUCAUGAUUAAUCAUUUUAAUAUAAAUAGUUAAUUUUGCAGAGUUAAUACAUUCUUUCAAUUAUAUUUUAAUUACGUAUAAAUCUUCCAAUAAAAUCACUUCACUUGUAUGGCCAUGGGCUACUUUAAAAACAAAUAUAAAUCAAUUCAACGUCUUUUGAAAAUGAAAGUAAAUUCGAGUCCUUUCACUAUCACUUCACAUCAAUAAUUAUUCACUGUUAUGUACCGGGUGCUUCAAAAAAAUGUAUACACACUUUGAACUUUCAUAGAAAAAUUAUUUACCGUUCUACAAAGUUAAAUUUCAGGAAAAUAGAAAGCUGAUAGUCCAAUGUAAAUGAAACAUAAAUAACAAAUAAUGUUAAUACUGUUCAAAUUGGUGACCUGCAGCAUCAAUACAAUUCUGAGUACGAUUCACCACUGAUUCUGUACAUCGUAUCAAAACGUCCAAUGAGAUUUCUCUACACACUGCUUGAAUCUCAUUCCAAGGAAUGUCUAGGUUACGUGGUUUACGUUUGUACACCUCAUCUUUUACUGUGCCCCACAAGAAGAAAUCCAGUGGUGUAAGGUCUGGAGAGCGUGCUGGAAACUCGAUUGGCCCCCUGCGUCCUAUCCAUUGGCCUGGCAAAUUUUGAUCCAGGUAAGCUCGUACGUCCCUGUAAUAGUGCGGCGGAGCACCAUCUUGUUGAAAAUAAAAAUCAUCAUUACCGUAUAAUGCACGAAUGGCAGGAAAUAUGGAAUCAGCAAGCAUUGUUAGGUAAUUAAUACCAGUUACAGUGCCUUCAAAUCGAAAAGGUCCAAUGAGUCCCCUUGAACACAAACCGCACCACACAUUUACACCAGGCAAAUUUACAGCUUUUUCAAUUGUAAUGUGAGGAUUUUCUUCACCCCAGUAAACACAAUUGUGCCUAUUGACAGUUCCAUUAAGUUUGAAUUGGGCUUCAUCCGACCAAAUGAUGCUACCCAUAAAUCCUGGUUCACGUAUCACCAUCUCCUGAAUCCAUUCACAAAAUUGCAACCUUCGAUCUGGAUCGUCGUCAUUUAGCUGUUGCACCAGCCUUGGAAUGUAAACACGAUACUUGCCUCUCUUCAGAAUGCGUAGCACGCUGCUAGCACUUACAUCACUUUCACGUGCCCCUUGCCUUGAAGAUUUGUUAGGAGACCGUUGAAACAGUUCCAAGACUGCCGUUGAUGACUCAUCACUUGUAGCUGUUCGAGGCCGACCUGAAUGACCUUUAUGCACAUCACACACUGUUCCAUGAACUUCGAAUUUGUCUCGUAUGCGUGUAAUUGUUAAUCUUGAAGGUGGUUCUGUAUCAUACUCCCUUCUCCACUGUCUUUGAACUUCAUUUACAUUCUCAAACUUCCAGUACCACUUAAUAACCUGCUUACGUUCUUCAAAACUCAAACGUACGUCCGCCAUGUUGUUAUUACAAAUUCCAACUAACAAUAUAACAUAAAGGGACGAUUAUGCUGCCACCUGGCGAAGAAAUAUAACAUUAGCCUUGUAGAGCGGAAAACUACGAUUGUUUAAAGGGUUUAUACAUUUUUUUGAAGCACCCAGUACUUUUCAAUGUCAAUGUUUGUAGUUUGCACUUUAUAUAAAACUCUUACACUAGUCCCACUAUUUUGUAAAAAUGUAUCUUCUUUGCUGCGUCUUCUUCUAUCUUCCUUCUUUUUCUUCCCACUGUUCCGUUUGAGCAGUCUCUCUCUCCUCCAUGCCCUAUAAAAAAUACAAACUAUCAUUAAAAUCAGAACAUUUCAAACAACUAGUUUCGGCCUUUGCACACUUUAAAAUGGCCAAAGGCUGAAACUAGUUGUUUAAAAUAUUUUAAAUAAAAGGGUACUUCAUGUUUUUAUAUUGUUUUUAAUAAAUCUUCCAAUCUAUAGAGAAGUGGCCAUAUACUUUUAAUGUUGCUCUGUUACCAAUAUCUCUUUCACUUUUCUUUUAAAUGCGUUUUUCAUAAUGUUCUUAAUGAUUUUUUCAUAAUGGUCUUAAUGGUUUUUUCAUAAUGGUCUUAUGAAAAAGUAAAAUAAUAAUAAAGUUAUACUGUCAUAUAUAGUGUAACGGAUUUUAUUACUGUCAAUGGGCUUGCUAAUAGAUUUUAUUUUUAUCAAAAUAAUAACUCAUAAACUUUUUUAAAAGGGGGUUUUGAUGAGCGGAAUAGGGUUUAUUUUCAAAAUACCGAAAAACUAAUUAUUAGGAAAUUUGGUACCUAGUAGUAUUCAUCCUAUUCGGGAUGAUGAUAGAUAAAAAAAUAUACUAGAAGAUGGGUAAAUAUAAUUUGAAACUGGCAAUGACAAUAAAAUAUGUGAUUUUUGUACUCACCGCUAUUAAUAACGAGUUGCCUACGUGCACAUGUCUCUCUCAGCCAACUGCGUACUCGCUAUUCCGCAAAUGUGGAUUUGUAGCAUAUAUUUAUUACGGUAACACACGGCACGACGACACGAGAUGCAAAAAUACACGAGAUGCUAGAAACGACUCUCGGCACGAGCUACUAGAUACCGCAACUUCCGGGACCGCACUGCUCUUUUUCCCGUCACUGCCGGAUCAUUACUUGCAUUGUCCUGUUGUCAUUUUGCCAGUGGAUAUGAGGAAUGGUAGAGGAACCUAAAUUGUUUUCAACUAUUAUCUCUUCACUAGGUAUUGAGAGUUCUGUCCAGGGUAGUUCCCAGGUAGAUUGGAUGUGGGCUUGCCUGAAUGACAGUGCCACAGAAAUUCACUGUAUGAACUGCUCUAGACUGCUUGCUAUUCAGGUGAAAUGCAGUUAUUCUUAUCUUGCUUGGGUUUGGUUUUAAUCCCCAGCACUGCAGGUAAUUUGUUAAGGUAUUGAUGUAUUUUUGAAGCACUUCACCUGUUUCUUCAAUGGUGCUUGCCUGUAUAGCCUGUGCAAUAUCAUCCACAUACAUAAACUUGCGGCCUUUAGUAGCUGGGAUGUCUAAUGCAUAUAUGUUGAACAAUACUGGAGAUAGUACAGAACCUUGUGGGACCCCAUUGUUUAGGACUUUCUUCUUACUUCUAACAUGGGUCUCCUGUAGAGCAACAACAUCAAUUCUGUGUUGUUUGGUGAAUUUUUUAAGUAUCUUAGCUUUCGAGAUACCUUCUAUAUUAAG